AUGAUGUCAUUGGAAUCGACGCUUCAUGAUCCGGCGGCGGCGCUGCAGCCACAGCGGCCGUCCGAAUCAGACAAGCCGUUUUCUAGUACUACUAGUACUACCGCUAUCGCAACGCCAGCGUUGGCGGUGACCGCAUGGCCUCCCACCGCCGCGACACUCGCGGACGCCGCCGGCUGUUUCUUUGACCUUCAAGGGGAAGUUUACCUUCCCCCUUGCGCCCCGCCGCAGCACCAUCUGGCCACAGGGUUCCGCAGCAACUCCGCAGCGGAAAGGGAGCAGAGCGGCCGGAGCGUGUGGGAUCAGGAAUGCUCGGAAGAUAUAGAAGACGUGGUGGUAAUCGGCGACCCUACUUAUGUGGCCUCAUGUGAAAGAAAAACGUUGGGUGUAGCGCCACGGAAAACCGUCACUAGUGCUACUACCACCAUUACUGCUGGUACUAGUACCAGAUAUGAUUGUGGUCGCGUUAUGACGGGUGCGGAAGCUUUCCUGGCGGAAACACUUGGCGCUGCGGGGGGUGCCUCACCCUCCUGGCUCUCCGCUCUCCGCCAGCGCGCGGGGAGCAGGCAGCCGCGCGCGGGUGUCCACGGGCGGCGAUGGCGGAAAGGAGUUCCGCAGCGGAUGUCUGUAUGUAUGGGGUGGGAGCGAAAUGAGGAGGCUACUAUCGGUUGUGAUAAUGUGAUUACCACCAACCAUACCAGUACUACUAUGAAGAAUAAUAGUAUUGUUAACGAGGAACGAGAAUUGCCGCGUACGGAUUCUGGACGCACAGCAGCGCGGCCGCAUUUGCGAGACACAGAGGAUGCGGCAUCUGCUGAGCAUCGUGCGUUAGACGGAAUAGGGCAGAGAACAGCAGACGGGGAUGCAGCAGCAGGAACGGAGGCAGCAGCAGAAAGAGAUGCAGAAGCAAGAGGGGAAGCAGCAGCAGCAGGAGGGGUACCAUUAGGGAAGGCAUUCUGGGUAGGAGAGGCAUUAGGGCAGGCAGCAGCAGGAUGGGGUGGGAAGGCAGCAGCAAGAGCGGGGAGAAGCGGCAGGAGAGGAGGAGUCGAAGGUGCGCUGGCAAGGUUGAGGGAGGCGGGCGGGGAGGCGGUGGAGGAGGGCAGGUGCUGUAGUGACGAGGUCCAGAAGGAAGGACAGAACGGACGCAUAGGGGGGAAGGAGAGACAGGCGGACGGCAGCCGUGGUGCUGCUGUGUGCAUUGAGAACCUGCGAGGCAGGGUGAUGUGUGUGGAUCCGCAAGCAGGAAGGGCAGAUGAGGACGCACAAUGCGCGGAUGGAGCAGGAGGAGGAGCAGAAGGAGAAGCAGGCGCAGCAGCAGCAGAGGCAGAACCGGCAGCCAAGCGAGCAAAGAAGCAGGCAGUUUCAGAUGGCAAACAGGCGGGCAGUGCGGGUGGGGCUGUGGUGUUAGAUGGUGCUGAUAGGGCGACGGAGCAGAGGCAGAACAGUGCCUUGGAGAGAAAUGGCACAGAUAGAAGUGGCUCAGGUGGUGCUGGUGGUGGUGCGGGUGGUUCUGAUGGUGCAGGUGGUGCUGCUGAUGGUGCGGGUGGUUCUGAUAGUGCGGGUGGUGCUGCUGAUGGUGCGGGCUGUGCGAGUAGUUACGGUCACGGUACAUGGAUUGAGGGGCAAGAGGAGAGAGCGACAUGUGAGGCCAAGGCGCCGCAAGCAGAGCGUAGGGACGAGGAGGGAGGCUGCAAGGAUGGCGGGCAGGAGGCAGAGCGUAGGGAUGAGGAGCAGCAGGCAGAGCGAAGGUUCAAGGGGCAGCAGCAGGCAGAGCAUCGGGACGAAGAACAGCAGGAAGACAGUAAGGAGGAAGUGGAAUGCCAACCGGCAGUGGAGCGCAUGCAAGAGGCGCAGCAAUGCUCAAAACAAGAUGAGCAGGGAACGCAGGCGAUUCAGUGUAAGCAGGAGAAGCAGGAGGAGCAGGGCAAGCUGGGGGGGCAGUGGGAGUGGGAGGACGAGUGUGCUCCUAUGUCUGGUCCUGCUGUCAAUGCUUCUCAUUCCGGUGCUGCUGCUGCUAGCGGCUCGUCUUUCCGGCCUGCUGCAACCAAUGCUGUAGCGUUCAAAGCGGCAUCUUCUGCUGCUGAUACUGCUGCUGUCGCGCCUGAUUCCGAUUCUCCUGAUGCUGCUGAUGCUGCUGAUGCUGCUGCAUCUGCUGCUCCCUCCGCCUCUGUUGCAAGCUUUCGGUGGGACGAUGAGACAAACGGCCAGUGCUUCCCCACUCCAAAGAAGAGGAGGCGAACAGAGGUGCAGCAGGUGGGGAAGACGAAUCCAGUCGAAAUGACUUCAAAGAAUCCUCAAAAGCAGGUCGGGAAGACGAAUCCAGCUGAAGUGGUUUCUGAAGCGGCACGUUUUGAGAUGCCUCCGAAAGUGGGGAGGACUGAUCCAGUGAAAGAGAGACAGGCGGGCUUCCGUCCGCAAGGGAAGGGAACUGGGCUGGUUGGAGAAGAAAGGAAAGCAGGCUUCAAGAAUGUUGGUGUGCCUCGGCAGGUGGGGAGAUUUGAGGUACGGAAGAGGGAGAGGGAUGGGUGGAGGGAGGGAGUUGGAAGGGAGGAGAACAGGGGAAGGGAGGAGAAAAGGCGGGCAAAUGAGGAUUCGAGCAGUGCUGGUUCUGGUGGGAGUGGUAGUGAGAGUGGACGUGGCAGUGCGAGUGGGAGUGAUAGUGAGCGUUCCAGCGAGAGUAGGAGUGAGAGUAGGAGUGAGAGCAGGAGUGAGAGUGGGAGUGAGAGCAGGAGCGAUAGUGGGAGUGAGAGCAGGAGUGAGAGUGGGAGUGAGAGCGCUAGUGACAGUGAGACAGCUGUACAGGUGCGAGAGAGGAGUGGUUCACCCCCCUUCAAGAGUACGACUGUGCUAGAUCAUUCCACCAAACCACCCAUGGUGCCAGUACCACCAGUAUCAUCAACACCAGCAGCACCACCAUUGCCGCCUGUUACCAAACCCCUCCCUGCCCCAUCCCACCGCUCCCACCGCUCCCCUUCCUGCCCCCUCCCUCGGUUCCCCUCACAUGCGCCCCCCCCUCCACCUACCUCCUCCUCCCCCCAUUGGGUUCCCUCCUCUCCCUCCCCCCCGCUCCCCAUCCGCGCCCACCCCUCCCCCUCCCUCUCUCCGCGGCCCCCCUCCCCUGCUUCUCCGCACCAUUCCCCUCCCUCUGCCUCCCCUGCUCCCCCUGCUUCCCCCACCCCCCAUGCUGCUAUAUCUGAGGGGGAUAGGGUGAAGAUGAGGGGAGGGGAAGGGAAGAUCUGGGGGGAGGAAGCGGGGCAAAGGGGGAAGGGUAGGGGGAAGGCGAGGGGGGGAGCUGUAAGGGGAAAGCGGAGAAGCGACGGGGGGGGUGUUAGGAUCAAUGGGGAAGAUGGGUGGAGGGCAAAGGGUGUAACGGAGCAAGGAGCAAAGGGGCCCACCAAGGAAGAUGAGGGGAGAAGAGCAGACGGAUUUACAAGGGAAGCGGAGGGGCGACGGGAGGGGAACGUGAGUACGCAUGCCACUGCGAGGGAUGACGGCGACGGGGGAGGGGGAGCGGUAGGGGGAGGGGGAGGGGAAGCGGUAGGGGUAUUGGGAGAAGGGAUCAGAGGGGAGCAGCAGGAGCAGGGGGGGAGGAGAAACGGGGUGCAGCGACCAGCAAGGAGGCAAGCAGCCGUGGUGUUCACUGCAACCAAAACAACAGUGGUUCUCGUGGAGGGACUGGAUGAGGCACAGCGGCAAGCAGCCUUCACAGGGGCAAUCCAGCUACUGGGCCACCACCAGGCGAAUAGGCUGAAGCAGAAGGGGUAUGGUGGGGGGCGGGGGAGUGGGAGAGGGAAAGGGAGAGGGAGAGGGAGGGGUGGGAGGAGGGGAGGCAGAGGAGCGGGUGGGGGGAGAGCAGGGGCUGGGGAGGAGCGGGAAGCGGGAGGAGGGGGCGGGGAAACGGAGGGAGCGGAUCCUUUUGCGUAUGAGAUAGUGUGGGAGGAGGCGAGCAGUGGGGGGGCGAGUGAGGGAGGUGGGGGAGGGCAUGGUGGGGAGGUGUGGGGGAGAGGGCAGGGGGGUGCGGGGGUUGCCGGAGAUGCACGGUAUGAGGUGUCACGAGUGCGAGGGGGGCAGCAGUUCACAGUAACAGACCGGCAGACGGGUGACAGGGUGGCGUUUGCGUUUGAUGCUCCUGAAGAGACGGCCGCAGCGCUGGCAAGCGUGCAUGUGCUGGUGGCGUUUAUAGAAGAGGAGGAGGAGCGGCUGCGGUGGAAGGCGCUUGGGGCGCAUUGA